GUUUGAAUAAUAGAGCUGUGGAAAGAACUUACAUCUGGGUAGACAAUAGUCCAGUAGACUAUGUGAACUGGCAAUAUGGCAAGCCAAUUGCUGGCAGCAUUCUUGAAAAUUGUAUCGCAAUGGAUAGAAGAAGUGGACAGUGGAGAGACAUCAGAUGCACAUAUUCUCGCCCAUACAUAUGUAAAAAGAAUUUAGGUGAGUGUUUACAAAUGCUAUUAGAGCAAUCUAUUUAUUUUAUAUACACUGAAAAGAAUAUUUCCGAAUAUGAGAAAAUACAAAAGACUACAACAAUAAACUAUAUGAUUUGUGACUUUUAUUAAUCCGCAUUUUGGAUCCGUACAACUAUUAUCGCAUAUGACGUUCUGGAUAAAAGGGAAACUGCCGUUCUCCCACGUGGUAGCGAAAAACCUACUGAUCUGCGACAUAACUGAAUGGAAAUAUAAAAAUGAAUUAAACAUUCGUGAACAGUAAUUAUUUGGAUCAUGAGAUUUUCAUAGGAGUUGAUGAACAGAAGUGGAUUCGCAAAAUGCUCACUAUGCGACUUUUAUUUAGAAACGGUACGAAAAUACGCCAACUCUUGAUUACAUUACGACAACUAAUUCACGACAACGAUUCUUACUUUAGCUGAUUAAGGCAAAACAUUGCCGACCUGGAAGGUUGAUAGGUCGGCAUUUUAAUACUGUAGGUCGGCAUUGCCGAAUGCCGAUCUCGUUUUCGAGAGUUGUUAAAUUAUAUUUUUCGACGAAAAUGACCUACCUGUUCUUCCAGCAGAAGACACCGAACUAGACACAACCAGGAGUUACAUUUCAAUCCAAUUCAGACGAUUAACUGAACUAAAGAACUUCACUAUUUUGACCACGGUUAUAAACAUACAAACAUGGCUUCCCAAUUGUGUAUUGAAUAAUUCAAACAAAUGUUGUCAUGUGAUUAUACCGGAAAUGCCCGGAAGUUAAUAAUAUGUUAAUUUGAUUAUAUAUGAUAAAUAAUAAUUCAAAAUUGUACUAUUUCACUAAGAAUUGUCGUGACAAAAAAUUAAUAAUUAUGUUAAAUUUCAACAAAUUGUAUUUUUCUGCUUUUCCCCCUUAAACAGUUUGAUUACAGAAGAUAAAUAAUUAAUAAGUAAUAGAACGAAUUAAGUAUUACUAUUUAAUAAAUGCCAUAAUCAAAUUCAUCCCAGGCUGUGCCUGUCAAAUAAAAGAUUUUGGCUAUGCACAUGUAAAGAAAUAGGUACGCAGUGCGUACAUGUUGCAUGCCAUCAAAACCUAUAUAUAUAGAGCUAUAUAGAGCUUUUAGACAACAAUUUCCCAUCUUUUUCUUAACUCAUUGAGCCGCAAUGCGCUCUAAUUAUUUUUUUACUUGUCUAACGCCAGGCAAUUUUACUCGUCAGUGGGGAAGCUCUGCAGCUUAACGGGUUAAAAAGCAACUUCCUCUAACGGGGAGGGGGAAGGGGCAGAAUCAUCUGAAAAAUUGCCCUUCGAGGGUUGGCCACUGGAAAAUAUAGGUAUAAAGGGAUUGGCCACACCAAAGUUUCUGGACGGUACACUAAAUUGCACCAGACCCCUAAAUUGCCGUAGACCUCGCGCAUGCGCAGAUUCAACUGGAUAUCAUCUUUAAGAGACAAGAAAAGAAAAUCAUAAAUGAUGAAUAUAUUUUGGUAGUCUUUUCGGUUUCAUUGUCCCAAAACUUGUUUAUUCGUGUAGUUUGGUGUCUACCCAAACUAUCUUGGUUGGCAAACUUUGUACGCCAUUCAACCAAGUUCUCCCGCUUUUUUAGAAUGUUCCUCCGUGAUAUCUCUACAUUCUUCAAUGGUAACGGUAACCGAUACUUACAAUGCCACCGGUAUGGGCGCAGAUAAGGCCAUAUUAACUGAUGAGAAGGACUACGAUUCUAUUUGGUGCACUAAUAAUACAUCCGGUACUGCAAAAAUCACGGUAAUUGAUGUUUCUUUUAUUUCGCAUAUUUAACGCUGAUUGUUUUACUUAAGAUAAAUAUAUCACUUUCCUGGUUUCAUUGCGUACAAUUUCAAAUGUAUACAGGGGCGGCGCUAACCCUCUUCGAGUUGGGAGGGAGUGAUCUUUUGCCGACUGUUGUUUGGUAAUUUUACCGACCCAUUAGCCUAUAGUAAAUGUGCAUGUUUAAAUGCGCUUUAUUACCCUCUAUUAAGCCGGUUUUCCACUAAAGAAUUAUUCCGCGCGAAGCAACGUUUGUCUGUAUCCAUUUUGAAGCCUUCGAAAACCGUCAAAAUUGAGGUCGCCAGAAAAGGCCUACCUAAAUCUGACCUAGGUCUCGGCAUUUCUUAAAAUCUGUUUCACGUGUUGGAGCACAGUAGAAAAGGGAAGAGGGGUUCUAGACCGGGUGGUGCGGGUGGUGUACUAAGCACCACCCAUGACGUCAUCAGGAUAUCAUAUUGUACUGAUUAUACGCGCUUGUAAUGUAUUUAAAGAGUGUGGACCAAUGAUUACUAGCAUUUUAAGAACAUUUUACGAUUUAAUACUUUGCUAAUAUUUAUCCCCACAUAUAUUCCUUCUAACAAACUGAGUGGAGUUUAACAUGUUCUCGAUAUAUAUUCUACGAACGUUGUUGUAAUGCUUGUGGGACGUAGAUAUUGUACGCAUGCGCGGUGAGAUUUGCGUUUUACGAAACUUUCUGACUUAUAGGAGUUUGCUAAGAUUCCGGGGGAAAUUCUGCAGAGAAUAUCCCAGUUUAUUCAAAAUUCCCCAAAAUCAUAAAGAAAAUAGAAAUAGAGUAUAAAAGGUGUACUUGAAUUCAUCUUAUUACAAGGUUUUAUUAGAUUAUCUUAGAGUGUCCACUACUUUAACACCAUCCUUGGUCUUACCUGGGGAUGUAUUCACCAUGUUUAGAACUGUUAAAAACAAGGAACAAUAAAAAUCUAGACAUACAUAUGAAAAUUUUUAGACAGAACUAAGCAGUUGCUAAGCCCAAGUUAAAAUCGGUGUCAACGCCGUUGUUAUGGUCGAUAUUUGCAUAUUACAGAGUCACUAAAAAGUGAUUAACUCGCCCACCCCGUGUGGAUAUAUAUAAUUUCUUUAUUUCACCCAGCGAGCUUGAGAUAGGAAAAAAAUACUAACACACAGAGAGUUAUUACAGAUGAUAUGCAAGCUAUAUCGAAGUUUUGUCGUUUGCGGCUCUCUAAAACGUAUAACGCCAAAGUCAUUAACAGUCAUUCAUGGAUUACAAGCAAAAUUUCAAUCAAUUAAACUAAUAUUUAAAUCCCGUUCUGCCAUAUGGGGUCUGGGAGAGAAUAUGUUGCUGUCGAGAGUUAUAUAAACACAUGGAAGUUAGAUGUCAUGAUAUAUAAUUGUCAAGCGAUUUCUAUAUUUUAGCGCUAGUUUUUUAAAGUACUAAAGCUCGGAUAAGGUUAAUAAAUUUAAGCUAUAUUAAAGCACACCGGUUGCUAUGUGUUGUUAGGGUGAAACUAAUUAAAGGAUUAACUUUUUAUCAGAGAUUUGCAUUUUCUACUGUGUGGAUAAAUACGGGUAGAUUAGGAUAUUCAUUGCGCGGGCGUCGCGGGUUAUCCGUGCGGGUUGGAAACACAACAAUAAUGAGGUUUAUAUUGGAAGAGAGAAAGCAAUUUAGACAAUGCAGGAGCGCUUUGCAGCCAAAAGUUUACACAAGAAUUCAAUCUUAAAAUACAUUUAUUUCUUCGAGACGUUUACAAAGUUAAUGUGGUCUACUUCUUAGAGCAUAAUGUGUUUGAUUUUAUUUAAAUUACGCACAACAAUUUAAAUGUUUUUUUGUAAUAAGAGUCGUUUGGCUUAAUUGUUCAUUCGCCAUGGUUUCUAUGCUCAUAGCCCUACAUCAACCCUACAUCGACCACACAUCGACCCCACAUCGACCCUACAUCGACCCCACAUCGACCCCACAUCAACCCUACAUCGACCCCACAUCGAUCCUAAAUUGAACCUUAUCUUCCUUAUCCUUAUCUUUAUCUUCCUUAUCUUUGUCUUUUUAUCUUCCUUAUCUUUGUCUUUUUAUCUUCCUUAUCUUUAUCUUCCUUAUCAUUAUCUUUUUAUCUUCGUUAUCUUUAUCUUCCUUCUCUUUAUCUUUUAAUCUUCUUUAUCCUUAUCUUUAUCUUCCUUAUCUUUAUCUUUUUAUCUUUUUAUCUUCCUUAUCCUUAUCUUUAUCUUCUUAUCUUUAUCUUCUUAUCUUUAUCUUCUUAUCUUUAUCUUCUUAUCUUCCUUAUCCUUAUCUUUAUCUUCCUUAUCGUUAUCUUUAUCUUCCUUAUCAUCAUCGAAUGGCUUUAGGAUUCAAUGAUUCACUCUUAUGAUUCAAUGAUUCACUCUUAUGAUUCAAUGAUUCACUCUUAUGAUUCAAUGAUUCAAUCUUCUGAUUCAAUUAUUCAAUCUUAUACUCCCUAGGCUCGGAGACAGCUCCUUAGGUUCGGAGGUUCACAGAAGCUUCACAGACGCUUCACAGAAGCUUUACAGAAGCUUUACAGAAGCUUCACAGAAGCUUUACAGAAGCUUUACAGAAGCUUCACAGAAGUUUUGAAGUUUAUGUGAAGCUUCUGUAAAGCUUCUGUGAAGCUUUUGUGAAGCUCCGAGCCUAAGGAGCUGUCUCCGAGCCUAGGGAGUAUAAGAUUGAAUAAUUGAAUUAUAAGAUUGAAUAAUUGAAUCAUAAGAGUGAAUCAUUGAAUCAUAAGAGUGAAUCAUUGAAUCAUAAGAGUGAAUCAUUGAAUCCUAAAGCCAUUCGAUGAUGAUAAGGAAGAUAUUGUUUUAGUAUUUUUGUGGGGGUUUUUGGGACUGAAUAUAUAUUAAUUUUGCUUAUUUCUUUAUCAGUAUAACUUACACAAAAUGGGUAGGCGCCAUUUUGAAAAUUUCGGGUUUGUUAUAUUCACUUGUAGGUGAAUAUAACAGCUUGAAACGUCAAAUUUGACCAAUCAACUUGUAGGAUUUGUUAUGUUCACUUGUGCAAAAAUACUAAUUACGUAUUAUAGGCCGUUUACAUUUAACACACUUUGAGGUUGAUCUUAUUGCGGAUCCUUAAACUUCUUGUCGAGUAUCCGCAAGUGUCCACCGUUUAAUAGAUGGUAAAAAUGCCGGGCUACUAGGCAAGAAUUUUGCUUCCUUUUUGAAAUGUGGACCGAUCCGAGGGCACCUAACGAGGUGGUCUAGUGUAGAUCGAACUUGAUUGUCAAAUGGGUCUCGGAUCUGUCUAAAUUACUGGUGUGGACAGGAUUCAAUGAUAGGAUUCAAUGAUUCACUCUUAUGAUUCAAUGAUUCACUCUUAUGAUUCAAUGAUUCACUCUUAUGAUUCAAUGAUUCAAUCUUCUGAUUCAAUUAUUCAAUCUUAUACUCCCUAGGCUCGGAGAUUGCUCCUUAGGCUGGGAGGUUCACAGAAGCUUCACAGAAGCUUCACAGAAGCUUUACAGAAGCUUUACAGAAGCUUUACAGAAGCUUUACAGAAGCUUUACAGAAGCUUCACAGAAGCUUUGAAGUUUAUGUGA